CCAUGUACGCUUUUUGCGCGUUACCUAACAGGACGUUUACUGGCCCGCGAUUGGUCUACCUCGGCUGUGAGGAAGAUCAUACAAAGUUGCUGUUUUGCGUCCCAAAAUCUGGCGUUAUUCAUAAUGGCGCGCACAAAUGAUUUUCAUACAGCACUGAUAUGCAUGACUGUUAUAAUUGGUGGUACUGGCUUCCACAACAAUGCCGUGACUGUGAAUCCACAAGAUUUGGCGCCAUCACAUUCGGGUAGCGUUUUCGGUUUGAUGAAUACUGUUGGCGCAGUUCCUGGCUUCUUGGGUGUUUAUCUCGCUGGACAUAUACUGGAGAUAACGCAAAGCUGGCCGAUUGUGUUUAGCACUGCUGCAGUUAUAAAUUUAGUUGGUUGGACUGUGUUUCUUAUAUUCGGCUCAGCCGAGGCGAUUGUAUGAUUUCUGAACAUAAGAUUUCUUCAUACUCCAAAAGCAUAUUGUACAUUUUUUGACGCACUGACUGUUUUAUGUUUUUCCAAAUAUAGGUCUGGUACAUAUUUCUUUUGACUGGAUAGAAGGCUAUAAUUAUGUAUGUGAUUUCUUGUAACUAUAAUAUUUAAAUGUUCGAUAUCUACAAAUAAUUAGAGAAACAUAUUUUUUAAGUAGUAUUGUAAAUUAUAUAUGCGUGAUAUGCAAUAUUAAGCAGAUCUAAUUACAAUAAGAAUAGUAAAACCAAACGUAAAUUGGUUAUUUGCGUACACUUUA